AACACCAACUGCAAUCCACUUUGAAAAACAACAUCCCAAAGUUUGCUUCCACAUCCAGCGUAGACAACUUCAAGACAAAACUUCCCAAACACCAAAAUGUCUCUGGAGUCGCUCUUCUCAGAAAGCUGGUCAGAAGAAGAAAGCAGCGGCGACGCUGAGAGUAAGCAGCCGGAUGAAGAAGAAGAAGAUGAAGAAGAAGAAGCUGAGCACAGUGAGGAAUAUUUGGACCUUGUGUUGGUGUUCUCGGGCCUGAUGUCCUUUGAGCACGUCCACUACAACAACGCCAUGAUCGAACAGGAGGUGCAGAGAGAGAGGAACUCGUUACUGGACUGGUCUUUGGAGGAAUUGCGGAGAGCAGUUGAAUUGGACUCGACGAUGCCGUCCUCAUCCUCAGAGGACGACUCCCAAAUUUCCAGCGACAGCUCACCUCAAAACAUUAGUGACUCCUUCUCCUUUCCAGUCAGCUCAUCCCGACAUUCUGAAGGAAGUGGGGAACUGCAAAGCUCGGACGGAAGCGAACAAUCACCAGACUCCUUGUAAAAAUCAAAAAAAAUAUUUUUGUCUGAUCAAAAAACUGGGAGUCGUAUCACAAUGAACUUGACAGAAGAACUUUGAAUGAAAACCUUUUUUUUUUUUUAAUUUUUUUAUUUUCAUUGAGAGUAUAGUUGAGCAAAAAACUGUUACAUCACACAUAUUAAAAUGACUUUAACAAGGUU